AUGGCCGCCAACAGCAAGCUCUUUACGCCUUUCAAGGUUGGCUCGUCCCAACUCGAGCACCGCAUCGCCAUGGCUCCUCUUACUCGAUUCCGUGCCGAUGACAACUACGUCCCCUUGCCGCUGGUGCCCGAUUACUACGCCCAGCGCGCCAUCGUGCCCGGAACUCUCCUCAUCACUGAGGCAACCAUCAUCUCGCCGCGCGCUGGCGGCUACCCCAACGUUCCUCACAUUCACACCGAGGAGCAGGUGGCUGGCUGGAAGAAGGUCACCGAGGCGGUCCACGCCAAGGGCUCGAAGAUCUGGCUUCAGCUUUGGGCGCUUGGCCGUGCAGCAAACCCCCAGGUUCUCGAGAAGGACGGCCUGAAGGACCAAUUCGUCAGCGCUAGUGCAGUGCCCAUGAGCGACAACUCGCCGACCCCGCGUGCGUUGACCGAGGCGGAGAUCGAGUCGUACAUUCAGGAUUACGCCCAAGCCGCCAAGAACGCCGUGGAGAAGGCCGGGUUCGAUGGCGUCGAGAUCCACGGCGCAAACGGCUACCUGAUCGACCAGUUCAACCAGGAUAACUCGAACAAGAGAACGGACAAAUGGGGAGGCAGUGUGGAGAACCGGGCUCGUUUCGCGCUGGAGGUUUCAAAGGCCGUUUCGCAAGCCAUCGGGGCGGAUAAGACCGGUAUCAGGUUGAGCCCUUGGUCGACGUUUCAGGGCAUGAAAAUGGAGGAUCCGGUCCCCCAGUUCACGCACAUCAUUAAGGGGCUGAAAGAGCUGGAUCUCGCCUACGUCCACCUGGUCGAGUCCAGGGUCUCUGGCAACGCCGACAUCGAGUCUUCAGACCGUCUUGAUUUUGCGCUGGAAGCUUGGGGUAGGGAAAAGCCCGUGCUGAUCGCUGGUGGGCUGAAGCCGGACUCUGCCAGGAAGCUGGUGGACGAGGAUUACAAGGACUACAACGUCGGCGCCGUGUUUGGGCGCUACUUCAUCUCGACGCCCGACAUCGUGUACCGCAUCAAGAAGGGCAUCGAGCUGACGCCGUACGACCGGGACACCUUCUACAAGCCGAAGGCGGCCGAGGGCUACGUCGAUUACCCGUUCUCCAAGGAGUUUGAGGCAGAGCGCCGCCAGCAGUAG